AUGGCUAGUGUAGUGGGAGGCCCGACGGUUGUUGGAGGCCCUACUCAAUCUUCGUUGGGAAACGAUCGAUCUCUUCUGCAUCAUCAUGCCCAAUCGUCCCCGAUCUGGCAAGCCUUAGCGAGUCUUGUGGACCGAGUGGUGAGUGGAAUUAUUAAUUUGGAGUUUAAAGAGCCCAUUCGAGAAUGGAAGAAUAUCCUGCUCUUAGUUUGCCUUCAGGUUUAUAUAUUUGUGUGCGGUUUGAUGCUUCCAACCAUCACAUUGAGCCGAACAGUGGAUGGUGUGGCUGCAUAUUUGGGCACUUCUGUUGUACAAAACGUUGCUGCUGCAAGUAGUAGUGAUAACUUCACUCGAAUACCAUUAAGCCUUUAUGGAGAUGUUGAAGCAACAACAACCAUACCCGGCCACAAUCUGUUUUCUCCCUCCUCCUCAAUCAACACAUUUCAAUAUAGCAAUAGCUCUCUUCCUCGUUACUAUGGUUACGGAUAUUACGGAUCAUGGAUGUUCAAUAUAUUAACCUUUCCAAUCACUCUCUCGCUGGACCGAAUUCCAUAUUAUGGCAUGGUUGGACUCUCAUUUGCAUGUAUUGCUUUCAUAGCGAUUCAUAUCGCAGGUUUGAUGAUUGCAUAUCGUUCCAUGGUUCUUUCCACCCGAUAUUUACAGAAAAUUAAGAGUUUAGUGCAUUACUUGAGUGCAUUCUUGAUUGCAAUGAGUGUUGUCAUGACCUUUAUCAUGACAAGUUUCAUUGAUUGCAAUUAUGAUCAAGGAACAUUGACAAGAUUUCCUGGUGGUAUUCCUUGCUUUUCAGGAGAAAAUAUUGCCUACAUUGUAUUGUGUUUCAUUGCACUUGUGGCAUUGUGGGCUUGUUUACUAUUCUCACAGCUUAUUUUACCUAACAAUCAUCCCAAAUCGAGAACAUUCUUUAUUGCACAGAAUACAUAUUUUACUUCGUACUUUUGGUUGAGUGUGAGCUUUGAAAUGGUUGCAAUAUUUGUCAUUCCUGUUAGCAUAUCCUAUGCAAGAGCUAUUGUACAUGUUGGUAUUGCUCUCAUUCAUUUACCACUAUUCUUUAUUUGCGUUCCUUUCUUUAGAAGACAAGAAAAUUCUGUUUAUUUUGCCUUCUUAUGUUCCAAGUUGGGAAUGGGGUUGGGUUCUUUAAUUUCAUCAUUGGUAAACGUACAAAAUUAUUGGGACGUUGGAUUAGGAAUGAUGGGUCUUACAUUUGGACUGAGCAUCAUAUUUGGCUGUUUAGGCUUUGUGGCCAUGGAAAUUUAUACUCGUAUCAUUUAUAAGAGUACGAAAGAUAUUCUUGCUGAAUUGGAUCUUUCUGACCAGAAAGACGCAGAGAAAGACGCUCUUUUACAGUAUCAAUACUUUGAAGAUACAAAAAAACUGAAACAUUUAGAAAUGUUUUUAAGAUUCAGCAUAUUCCUAAAGUCAGGAGAAGAACAUUGGUCAGAUGUCGACUUUGCCUUAAUGUUCAUCAAAUCUCUCAUUAACAACAAGUCAUUUUCGAGUGCUAGAAUUUUAAUCAUUUCUUCAAUUAUUGUUGCAUAUUGCUGGGAAAGGGAGGCCAAUAGUUCAACAUUAGCUUUGAGAAUAUUGAGAAGUGCAUUGAGACAAAAUCUUUCUCUUCCAAACAGAGUGAGCGUUCUUGAACGUAUGAAACAGAUUGAAGAGUUUACAGAACGUGAAAAUUCUCACAGUCUCCGUAAAAACGUCUCUGAACUAAAAGCUAUUUUGCAACGGAUGGACAAGUAUCAAAAUGAACUAUGGAGUCAUCACAAAGGAUUUUGGAAAGAGCUCAUGAAUGAUAUUCCAGAUCUUGAAAAAGCAGAACAAAUUUCUACACGGAUUUCUUCUCUGACUUUUGAAUGUCACAGGACGUUCGAAAAUCUGAUGUCAUCGUAUGGUAAUGAAAAAACUCUUCUCAGAAAAUUCGCCAGCUUUGUGGAAAAUUUUAAAUUUGAUUCUGAGCUCGCCCAACAACUGUACGUGGAGGCUGCAACCAUAGAAGAAGAAGAAUCAAGGGCAAGAAAAGCAGAAAGGAGCAAGGCAUUGCCUCAUUCCCUAUCUAACACUUCAAUUGAGUACACUCAAAUAGGAAAGGAUCCACUUGCAAAAGACAAUUCAUCAGACACACCUACAGAUACAAUGGACGCAGAUCAAAAGAAAGAGAACUUAUUCAAGUCUGCUAUCAACAUUUCGGACCAACAUAAGGUUCAAAAAUUUGGUGUGAUUGCUUUCGUUGUUUGUUCUUUCUUAUUGCUUGUAGUUUUCAUUGUGGUGAGUGCGGUUCUUUCAGUGUUACCCUCUAGCAAAAUUUUCACAGUAAGAGACAGCUGCCAACCAAAGGGAACAACUUCAAGCAUUAUUAGCGAAGUUAGAACUGCUCAGCUUUUUUUAAAUUUUUUUGGAAAUGUGAGUGGGAAUAUUUCAUCACCAUUUUUGAGUAGCAUUGAAGUUUUUAACACAGACUCAUAUUUAAAAUUAUUCAAGGAAAGAAUUAAUUCCAGAUUUAGCCAAUUAGAACAGUUGAGGGACUCUAGUGAAAGCAAAGCCACUUCAACUGCAUACGUGGAUUCCGUUUACGUAUUGAACGUUCCCUCUCUCAAUCAAAGUAAGGCCAUUUCAAUCAAAUCUACCCAACCGAGAUAUACCCAGACAAUUUCUCGUAAAAGUUCUGUUUUCGAUCUUACUCACCAACUCUUAAAGAACCAACAAGUAUUGACAAGAUACACGAAAUCAGAUUUAGAAAAAACCCUUGAAAACUUUAGUAUUAUGUUUUUACUAAAGAAUAGAGAUAGAGCAGAAUAUAUGUUUGAAAACUUUUGUCAACAGGUUGCAGUUAAAGCAAUGCAAGACGCCAAAAGCUAUAUCGACGGUUUUUUAGGUCUAUUCAUCUCUUCAGUAACAGUGUACUUUACUGUUGGAGCAGCAUUUUUUAUUUAUACAUAUUUGGAGCUUCAAAAAGGAAAAAAAUUAAUCAAAAUGAUGGAACACGACCUUCCUGAUCAAGCAGUUUCAAAGAUUUAUUCUCAAAUAUGCAAGAAGAGCGAGGAAGAAAUUACCGUGAAAAACUCAGGUUCUUUGUUUCAACCAAAGAGAGUUGUUUUGAUUAUAGGAGUAUUUUUCCUAGUUAUUACAUCAUUAUGCCUUUCCUUAAUAUUUGUGUAUGCAAUUACCAAUAAUAAUUUAUCAUUGUCAACCAUUGAUAAUUUGCGAAGGGUUACUAAUACUCUCUCCCUAAUAGAAAGAGCCAAGUUUACAAUAGGAGAAUUAUUUAUUUUCAGAAAAACAAACGGAACUUCAUUUGUGAACGACCCUGAUAUCUUAGAUCAAGCUUUUGUUUCAAGCCUGUACUCAAAUGUUAAAAGUUCUCUGCAAGAUCUAUUGAAUGAAUGGAAUUUAGCCAUGCUUGGCAUCAACGCCAAUUCAUACAGUGAGAUAUUGACAUUAGUGAGUGGAAGUACAUCUUGCAACAAUUCAACCUCUUCGUGUCAGGGGUUGAGUUCUCUCAUUUCCGAUUUUGUGGUUUCUGCACAAGAACUGAGUGAAAAGUUGCAAUCGAAUAGCUAUCAGUACAAUACUUUAACACUAUUUGAUGGCUUUCUUUCGUUAUUCUUUAGAAGUGUAACACUAUUUAAUAAGAUUGAGCAAGUAGAAACUCGGUUUAUAGACCUUUCCUCAACUCCCGAUGUGACCUUAUUGGUAAUUUUCUCAGUAAUUGGAGUCCUUCAAUGUUUAGUUUUUUCAUAUUUGCUUUAUGAGUCCUUUAUAUCAACAUGGAGAAACAUUCAUCAGAUUAGAUUAAUGUUGCACUAUGUACCAUGGGAAAUUUUAGACUCCAAUGACAAAUUCAAGAACUUUAUUUUGUAUCACGACUUAUCCACCUCGCAACAAUUACCAAGCGAAAGAUCCAAAUUCUUUGGUGGUAAAAAGUUUUCAAAAAAAAAAUCCAAACAGGGAGACGAAGAUCGAGUCAGAAGAAUGCUUCAUGCGCAACCUGAUGGAGCUAUCUUGUGCAAUCAGGCAGGAGACAUUGAAAUUUUUAAUCCAGCAGCUCAGAAAAUAUUCUAUCAUAAACCUCAUGAAAUCGUGGGUUUGAGCGUUUUCACAUUAUUCGAGCCAACUGCAAACAGUAAGAUCAAACAACUGAUGGAGAAUAUGAGUAAUACUUUGCUUGAAAAUAUGAACAACAAGAACGCUGAGCCACUGCAAGGAGAGACAAUGGAUGUCGAUUGUUUCCGAAAGAAUCAGUCUAAAUUUCCAGGACGGAUUAGUUUCUUUUGUACUCUAUUUGGAAGAACACCUGUCGUUACAUUUUUUGUUAAGGAUAUUACUGCUGAGAAGAAGCAAAAUCAAUUACUUGUUGAAGAAAAAAAGAAAUCUGAAUCCUUGCUACUUAACAUUCUUCCUGAACCGGUUGCCAUUCGUUUAAAGACAGGAGAGAGUUUAAUUGCUGAAAAGUUCAGUGACAUAACAGCCUUUUUUUCAGACAUGGUUGGUUUUACUAAAAUGUCCAGCAGAAUGGAAGCCAUCGAAAUCAUUCGUAUGCUUUCCAUUGUAGUCAAUGGAUUUGAUGAAUUGACAGAUAAAUACAAUUUAGAGAAGAUCAAGACAAUUGGAGAUGCUUAUUUUUGUGUUGGAGGUACACAUAAUAAUUCACAAAAAGAUCAUCCUGAGAGAGUUCUCAAGUUUGCGAUCGAUGUGUUCUCAGUUGUACAUCACUAUAAUGCAGAGAUGAUCAAAGAGGAGCACGAAAAAAAUGUUAAAAAAUAUGAUGAAAAUGGUGAAGAGAUUAGUGUUGAAAGCAGGCAGAUUAACAUACGUGUAGGAAUGAACACGGGUCCAGUUGUGGCAGGCGUGAUCGGGAAGAAAAAAUUUGCCUAUGAUUUGUGGGGAGAUACAAUUAAUGUCGCCUCACGAAUGGAAUCAUCUUCUUUGGAAGGAAGAAUUCAAUUGUCAAAGUCAACCUAUGACAGGGUUGCUGGCCAUGGUUAUCGUUUUGAGGAAAGACAACUAGAUAUUAAGGGAAAAGGAAUUUGCCAGACCUAUCUCCUCAAUGAAAGAUUGCACAAGCAAGCUAAAUUGGACAGUGAAGCGAUUAAGAAGUUAUUCGAAUAUGAAGAUGACACUGUCGAACAAAAAGUAGAGGAUCCAUUUGCAGGGAUUGAUUUAUAUCGUGCUGAUAGUUAUCGUUUUGGUAAAUUAAUUCUUGACACAUCUUUCUUGAAUUGCUUUAAAGAAUUUCUUUCAGGACCAAAAUUGGAGAUCAUGAACUUUUAUCAACAUGUGUUGGAGUACAAAUCAAAUGGCUCGACUCCUGUUCGAUAUUCUAUAGCCAAGCAUUUAGUGGAAGAGUAUUUGGCAGAAAAUGCUCCAAAACGUUUGCAAUUCAAGUUUAUGAAGAAUGCUUUUGGCCCAUUCCAGUUGAAAUUUAAUGCAUGUAAUGAGGAUAAUUGUACCACUGAUCUAUUUGACAAUUUUGUGAAUUUAUCCAUCCGAUCCUUGAAGCCUGAAUUUCCAAAGUUUCUUAAAUCCUCACUUUUUUCAACGUUUGUUGAAAAUUUGAAAAUUACAGAUCCAGGCUUAUUGAAGAGUUUGUUGAAGAUUGACAAAGGAGAGGGAGGAUCACACUUGACAUCCGAAGAUGACGAAUAUGACUCUGAAGAAGAAAAAGAAUUUUUAUUGUUUUGUGAAAAGUGUGGCACGGAAAUUAUCAACCUCGAAAAUAAUCGUUUCAAUGAUUGGGAGUUUAACUAUCGUCUUGAAAGCUUGAAUGACUAUAAUCAAUGGCGAAUUCUCAAUGAAUACCCUGAAGGAAAGACAUGGCUCUCUCCAGAAGUUGCUCACAACCACUUGACCAACUCUCGUAGACAUACCAUGAUCAAAUAUGACUAUCAAGUCAAUUGUAGUUACGAGAGUCUUUUCAAUUUAUGGAUUGAUCCUGAUUACUAUCGAUGUAGAGAUGAGAAUAUUGAAUCGUUUGAACUUAUUGACUUUGUUAAAGUUGGAAAGUAUGCUCACUGCAUUGCUCAUGAGGUCUAUAAGAUGAAAUUCCCUCAAACCGAUCGAGAGUUGGUACACGCAUAUUGUUGUCGUUUUGAUAGUGCAGAAAAAAGAUAUUUGUGUGUAUCGAGAUCUAUCAACCAUGCCAAGGUUCCAGAAUCUUCCAAGUAUGUGAGAGCUGAAAUCAAAACAGCCUUCAUGGUUCAAUACUUGACCGACAAGACUUGUCGUUAUACCUAUACAGUAAUUUUCGACCCUAUGGGAUGGCUUAAUGCAGAGCAUCAUUUCAAUACCAUUAAGGAAAAUGGUGACAAUUAUCAUCAACAUCUUCUCUCGCUAUUGCAUGACCGUGAAACAAAGAAGGAUCAUGCAAGGCCCUCUGGAGGUUUAGUAGAUUCUCUGAAUCAUUAUUUGGAGUUUAUGGAAACAAAAAAUCAACGAAAAAUUGGCUCUUCCAAAUAA